AUGGAAGACGAAAUAGCUCAUACAACUGAGCGAUGGUUUCAUUCAACAUUUCUUGUUCUUAAUGAAUCUUAUCAAGUUGAAUUACGCCAAAUUUUAUCGCCAAGCACAUAUGAAUUAGUGCACAUAUUGAGCGAUUUUUAUAUGUAUGAUUAUAUUAGUCUAUUUGUUCAUUUACUCGGUUUAACAUCACAUUAUUUAACAUCAACAUCGUUUGUUUAUGCUGACAAUCAAUUAAGACAUAAACUCAAUCUUCAUCUAUUAUUAGUUGCUAGAACGGGUUAUGAACGAACAUCGCUUGUUGAACAUAUUAAACAUGCUAUGAAUAAUGUACAAACACUUCGUCAAACAGGCACACCAUUUGAUGGUCGAAAUACAUUAAUUUCAAAUAUAUUCUGUCGAUCAGAUGAUGCAACUCAAUCAACUGUUGGCUUUUGUAUAUCAGAUAACUUUGAUGAACAUAAAACCAACACACAUCUUCAACGAUAUGAAACUUCUUCCAUUAUGGGCACAAGUAAUGGACAUUAUGUUCAACAAUUGCUGAAUAUUAAAUUUAAUAAUAAAAAGAUUCAAUUAAAUAACAAUACAGAUUGGCUAAUGGUAUUUAUAGCAAGUAAAGCACGUCUGUUUUGUCAACGAUUGAAAGUCUUUGAUCCCAAUCGAUAUCCAUCCCUUGAACAAUUGAUUAUAGUAAUUAAUUGCCUUUGUUCAAAUGCAAUUGACUUCUAUUUUGACGAACCACAAGCUAAUCAAUUGCUAUGCGAUUAUCUCGAUGGACUUUCUUUAAAAGCCACAUCAUUUGAAGAUAGUCAUCCAUGGAUGGCAUCACGUUAUUUAUCUGCACAAGAACAUGCCAUACGUGUAUCAGCGUCAUUGCGUAUUAUUGAAAUGGCUAUUGAAACUUUAAUUGUUUAUAAACGAACAUUUCAUACAUUUGGUCAAACAGAUAAGAUACUUUUUGAUAAUUGUAUGCGAAUUAUUGAACAAACAAGAGGUACAACAAUAACAAGGAGAAUUUAUAUUAAUUCAGCUAUUGUUCAAUCAGCUAUUUAUUUUGUGAAUACAAGCAUAAAACAAUUUGAAAUUAUGUUCGAGUCAACAUUAAGUACCGGGACAUCUAACUCUGAUCAUUUAUCAUCCUUAAAUCAACCAGCAACAUCCGAGUAUCCAUGGCUGAUACGAUCAUCUUCACCAUAUCCUCCUCAAUCAAUGUCACCAGCAGCGAAACGUUUGAAAACAAUGGUCGAUCCAUCAUAUUUAAAAUCUUUAGAACUUGCUCAUGAACUAUUACUAUUUCCAUUUGUUGCAUUUACACGUACAUCAGUUUAUUCAAAUUCAAAAUUGAAACGAAAUGCAGCCUAUCUUGAUUGUGUUAUUGAAGAGUUAAAAAAAUAUCAACUUAUUAUUAUUGUACGGCAAGGUGUACAAAUGGUUGAUGGAACACGCAGGCGUGUUGAUCUUAUUGUUAAAUGUGCGCCAAUUUUAAAAGACAUUGAUACUAAUAGUAAUGAAUCACGUGAUAUCGAUCUAAUUGAACGUUUAAAUCGUUUCGGAGUUGAUUAUGAUCGUUAUGUUCAAACAUUGGGUACACUUGAUAUCGGUGAAAAAUAUCGUUUAUCUGAACAAUGUUUUGAUUUACUAAAUUCUUCUGAUUAUAAACGAUAUUUAACAGUUGAUCUUGAUCGUAUAGCUCCAUUGCAUCGAAUACAACAACAAGAUGAAACAAAUGACGUAUGGAACUCAUCGUCAUCAUCAUCGUCAUCGUCGAAUGUUAAAAUUGAAACAACAGAAUUUCAUAUUUGA